UUUCAGAUGAUGCCUGUGCUCGUGUUGGUUUCGCUAUGAAUGUUUUGCUUGAAGAAGAGGUGAGUCAGUCACACUUGGUUGUGGACAACUUGUCUACUGUAAACAGGUUGUUAUCCUUACCUCCUCCGAUCUUGGGAACCCAUGGGGAGAAUGUGGAGGAGGGAAAUGGAUCUGCUACUUUAGCUGGUUUGUGGUCAUUGGAAGCGGUUGGUGCGACGGAGCACCGGCAAAACGGUGUGUUAGUUGGUGGUAAUGAUGCGGGUGUGCAGGUUGGAUGGUGGCUGUUGGAUUCCAAUGACGGUGUCGUCGGCUGGGAUGCAAGGAGGUCGAUUAGUUUGUCGGGACCGACAGUGGUAGAUGCGAAGAAUUUAUUUACUGAGGUUUUGUGCCACUUGGCCGAGGUUAGCGCAAGUUAGGUGGACGGGUUAUCGGAGCGUGCAC